AUGUCCUUUCAACCAACGCCCACCGACAUCGCCGUUGUAAUUACCACUCCGUCCACGUCCUCGCACCCCGACGAGCCCCGCUUGCACUCCGAGCGCCGAAUCACCCCAACAUGGACACUGCAGCAAGUCAAGUCAAAACUAGAGACCAUGACCGGUGUGCCGCCCAGCAGCCAGCGGCUCCGUCUCAAAACCCCCGGUCAACCAGAUCAGUGGGUCGAGGGUGAUGACUCUAUAAUCGGGGAUUGGGGAUUGGUGAGGGGGUCUGAGAUUGAAGUCCACGAUACACGCCCCCAAGCGGCACGAGUCAAUUUCACCGACCUCUCCUCCGUGGAGAAAUACGUUCUCCCAACAGAGACAUACGAGAGCCUCCCAAAUUCAGUUCUUGCGUGGAAAAAGAAUCAAAAGCUAGGGCGCUUCGACCCAGAUGCGCUAUCGCCGGUUGACGCAAUGGUCGAGCAAACGAAGAAAGAUAAGCACGAGGUUGAGAAGCGCGAUAUAUCUGUCUCGAAACGCGCUAUUAUUCUCCCUUCGACGCCACCACAUGUUCGACGGGGAACGGUCCGCUUCGUUGGACCAGUGCCCGUUAUCCCGCACCCUGGGGUUGAUAUGGAGACGGUUGAGCCUUCGACGCUACUGCCUAUCUGGGUUGGGGUCGAGCUCGACGAGCCAACGGGGAAAAAUGACGGAAGCGUCAAUGGGAAGCGGUACUUUACAUGUCCGAAUAAAACUGGCGUCUUUGUGAAGCCGGAGAAGGUCGAGGUGGGAGAUUUUCCUCCGCUGGGGUUAGACGAUGACCUGGACGGAGAUAUGGAGGAGAUAUAG